AUCAUUAAAACGUAUGGUAGUGGCCGAAUCAUGCGCUACAUAUAGGUGGUCGUCACCGGAAAUUCUCGUUCACGACUUCCGGUACGCACAGUGAGGAGAAGUCUGCCGACAAGAAAAAGCAAACGUGCUCCAAUUUCAUCCCACAAGACAUAGAAAAGACUACAGAAAUGCUCAUAAAAGUGAAGACGCUGACUGGAAAGGAGAUUGAAAUUGACAUUGAGCCAACUGACAAGGUGGAGCGUAUCAAGGAGCGAGUGGAAGAGAAAGAAGGAAUACCACCUCCACAACAGAGACUUAUCUUCAGUGGGAAGCAGAUGAAUGAUGACAAGACAGCAGCUGAUUACAAGGUUCAAGGUGGUUCAGUACUCCACUUAGUCCUGGCACUGAGAGGUGGUCAAUGAACAUACAGGAUACUCAGCAGUCAGCAAUGUAAUGUGCUUUUCAUAUAUGGCAAAGGGGAAGGACUCAUACCUGCAUCCACUUGUUGAAGGAUUUAGAUUUCAUUUUGUAUUCAAUAUGUACUGUGAUAUGUAACUCUGUGCAAAAAGGUUUGCUGCACAUCACUUGCUGUAACGGUCAGUAAUGUAAUACCAUAAAAACCUUUUCUUACACAUUUCAGAGAGUUAUUUUGACUUUCUAUAAAAUACUUAUAGUUUGGUACAAUGAAAGCCUCUUAUGUGAAAGAAAGUUGGUACAUGUACAUGUACCUCCAAACAACAAUUGUAGGAUAGCAACCAAUUUUGUUGUAUGAUGAAGUUCAACAUGAAUGUGGAGAACAUACAUGUAACAAUAACUAAAGAGCAAAA